CUCAGGAUCUCUGAAUUUUGCUGCAUCCUUUUUGUUAGGAUCGGAAUGGAUUAUUAUCAGUGUACCGUGAGUCGAGUUUGCACUUUCCAGGCAGUACGAGUCAGCAAACCGCAAGGCAUUUUGUCGUCAGCUCGCAUCUAUCCCAGUAGUUUAUAAUUAUCCUCAUAAAUUAUGGCGCAGAAUCCCUCGACGCCGUUGUCCGCAGACCGUGAACGAUCCUCACUGCUGCUACCCAGCAGCAUGAAACGGGCCCUGAGCAGCGGAGAGCUCAGCGAUGUGCAGUUUUCCGUCGGACGGGAGUUUGGGCCAGCCAAAUGUUUUCAUGCGCAUAAGCUCGUUCUGUGCCUGCGGAGCUCCGUGUUUUAUGCCAUGUUCUACGGAGGUCUGCCUGAACGUUGUGAUCAGCCAAUCGACAUUCCUGAUAUCCUCCCCGAUGCCUUUGGGAAUAUGCUCAGCUUUCUUUAUACUGACACGACGGAGAAUUUGCAUCUCGAUAAUCUCAUCCAGACGUCCAUGUGCGCUGACAAGUACGAUCUGCCAUUGCUGGUGGAGAUGUGCAGCGACUUUGCCAGCGCUGGGCUUACCGUCGACAACUGCCUAACCAUCCUGGAAAAUGCAAUAUGUCUCCGUGCCGACAUGAUUGUAGGUUGUUGCCUGGAAUUUAUCGACGGGUGCGCUGACGAUAUUCUCCAGUCGGAACAUUUUGCGGCUCUUGAGCAGAAGACCAUGGUGAUGAUUCUGCAGCGGGACACGUUGUCGGCGGACGAACAUAACGUCUACCUGGCUGUCGAGAGAUGGGCACAAGAAGCCUGCAAGGCCCACAACAUGGAGCCGACCGCCGCCAAUCGGCACCAGGUGCUGGGCGAAGCGCUGUUUCUCGUCCGGUUCCCACUGCUCAGCAAUACGGAACUGGCUGAUGGACCUAUCCAGAGUGGUUUGCUGCUGCAGUUCGAAGUGCACGACCUGUUUCAGUACAAAUACGCCACGGUCAAACCGUCGCUACCUUUCUCCGGGCAGCCUCGCAAAGGCUCCGCCUUCCGUGUGGGCAAAGUGGAGCUCCGGUACAAAGAACUGGUAUUUGUCAAAAAGAUCACGACCAGCAGUAUCUGGAAACCAGCGGAGAUCGUUGGUGUUCGACAGACUGUGUUCCUGCACCAGUGGCCUCUAAGUUGUGGUCGCAUCUUCAGAGGCACGGCCGGAAGCGGGAAUAUUGUACGGGCGUCCGACAUCUUGCAGCCGGGGCUAAUGUUGUUCGCCGAAAUCAACGACCUCUUGGAAUAUGUUGCGUACAUCAAGAGAGACGGCGAUCGGUAUGCUGUCCUACACAAUGGUUCGACGUAUACAGUCACCUUUGACAGUUUGGUGCUGGACGACAAUGAUGUGUCGCACGAUGUGCGUUUGAUCUUCUAG